UUUGGGAUAUAGAAAAGAACCUGUAGGCUGAUGUGCAUGCUUUUGAAGAAGAUAUUACUUCUUUCACUGUCAUGCAACAUAGUCUCUACAUCAUGCGAGAAGUGGGAAAAAGAAGGCAUUUUACAUCCAAAUGGAAUUGGACGAGGUUCGAGAUGAAUGGGCAAGUCAAGUGCUAGAGUGGAUAUGAGUUUGAACAUUCUCCUUGUUUUGGUAGUAUUUUGCUUAUUUUUGUAUGGAUUUUGGUUUACUAGCAGAACUCAUAAGUUUGCAUAUAUAGGAAUGUUUUUUUAUGUUGCAAUGACAAUACAUAUGAAAUGGAUGAGAUGCCUCUUAUUUUGAGAUAGAAACUAAGUGAAAUAUGAUGUGAAACAUGGAAAUUGCUUACACUUUAUUAGUAACAACGAUGUCUAUUGUGUAUAACCACCUCAGUUUUGCUAUAACAACUGAAGUUAAAAAUUAAAAACAACAUCAGCACUCUGGGAACUGCAGCCUAAAAUCCCAAGGGUCAAUAAUAUUUGUAGAAAGUCAAACUAUUUGUUGGCUUUUCAUUUCAGCAUAAGCACAAAAAAUGAAUGCGUAAAUCAUAAUUUGCAACAGCAGUGGUAUUUUUUAUGAACUGGUAAGUCAGCACACGCUUCAGUAUAAAGAAAACCAUUGAUGCUAUAAUGAGUAUUUAGCAUCAGUGCUGAUAUAUUUCCUGAUGCUAUUAAAGGUUUAGGCAUCGGAGGUCAACGCUCUUUUGGCAUAUGGUUACAACUCACGCAUUGGCGAUUAAGUGAAGAGUGAAGUCGUAAAUCAUCUUUAGCGACGGGAAAUGUUCGAAGCGUAUAACUAUAUCAUAUGCAUCGAUUCUCAAUACUUCGGUUCUUGGAUACCUUUAGCAACGGGGAUUCUUCGAAGUUCAUGGUCAAUUUUUGCAUAGUGAUAGAGGCGCUGCAGAUCCACAAGCGGAAAUUACAGGCGUCAUGGAAAGCCGUGAAGACUUUGCUGAACGCGUUUGUUUAGAAGGGUCACGUCGCAACAAAGCAUUUGGGGACGGUGGAAAGCCAGAAGUUUGUGGAGCUCGAGGAACGCGGGAAAUUUUUUUUGAAAAAAACGUAGAAGCUGCAAUGGCUAGGGUUUGUCAUAAUUGACGUCUAUAAAAGGAAAUGAAGGGAGAAAUUACAACCAUGCAGAAAAGAGAAAAGAAAGAAGAAAAGAGAGAGGAAAGAAGAGAAAUACAGAAGAGAGAAAAGAGAAAAAGAAAGAAAAAGAAAGCAGAAAGAAAAUGUCGUCUUCCUUCCCAUGUUCUCUUGAUCUCAACCUAGCUCCGCCCAUACACACAUGGUGGCAAGAAGCUGCACUUGUCUGGAUGCCCUACUUUGGUUCCUCACGAGGUCCAGUGACAGUUAAUGAUUAGUUACUCCUUGACAACGAAGUUGCAAUUGGAGUUGCGAGGAGUUUGGUGACUCUCAUGGAUGUCCGCGUGCUGGGAACGAGGGAUGACAACCGGUUAGUGAGAGAUGCUAUGGCACUGAGCGUGCAAAGUGUGGCAUCUAUCGGAAGUGUAGGGCAUCGCCCCAUUGCGAAUUCUCAUGAGGUGCAAGUUCUAAGAGCUCAAUUGACGGCAGAGCAGGAUUUGGUUAAUGAAUAUCAGCGUGACAUCAAAAGACUGAAAAAGGAUAGGGCAAGGAAAGCAGAGGAGUACCGACACCAACUUCAAAUAUUGCAGGAAGAGAAUGAAAAGCUAUCAAAGAUGGUUAGUGUUUAUUCUAAAGACAUGCAAAAGCAACUGGAGGCCUUGGAGAACCCAGGAAAGCACAAGCGAGAUCACAAGAGGAGUUCAAGAGUGAAUGAUGUGAUCAUUAGAGGCUCAAGUGAUGAGCCCCAAGUAGCGAUGAGUGAAGACCCAAGAGAGGGUAUCAAGAGGGCCAAACUAAAGUCUCCUGCUGUGGAAAAAUGAAGCUUUGAUUUCUUUGCUUUAGAAGGGGCUGGUGUCGUUGAUUGUUGUCUUUUUUAUUUUAUUUUAAAUUAUUUAAAUUUGUAAAAAUUUAAAUCAAUGCAGUUUUUUUUUUAGGGUAAAAAUAUAUAUAAAUAUAAGCUUCCGAAAUCUAAACACAAACCUAAUUUUAACAAUGUCCCAAAAGUUUGAAAAUGAGGGUUGGAAAAAUGAACACAUACAGACUCAACAAAAAUUAAGAAAUUAAG